CAGCGGCCGGGGGCUUGAGAACCCGAGCGUGCAACCCUAGAAGGGAAAGGACGGGAAGAGCCUGAGUCGCUGCAGGGCGAGAGCGAGCGAGAGUCUGGGUGUUUGUGCGAGAGCCGGGGCUGUGGCUGCGGCAAGGGGCCGGCAUGGCUGAAGGCUGCGCUCCGCAACCUUGAAGAGCGGCUGCGGCGUGAGGCCGGGGGCAGCGAGGCGGGUGCGAUGGCAGAGCGCGGCCCCCGCAGCCGCGCCGGGCCGGCCGGGCUGGCCUGAGCUGCCAGAGGAGCGGGGCUGCCUCUGCGCUUCCAUGGAGCAGCGGGAAGGGCGAAACUCCGGAGCGCCGCGUCCCUUUGCUGCUGCGGCGCACUGCUGAAGGGGCCAAGCCCGCGCGGACCGCCGAGGGACAGGAGCCCCCGCCCCAGCCCGCAGGCCGGCUGCCCGGGGGCGGCGGGGGGCGUCGGAGGGCAGCGGAGGCGCGCAGAGCGAGCGGCGCCGCGGGAGAGGCCUGCGCGGGAGGCGGCCGCAGCAAUGCCGGGCCCGCUGGGGCUGCUCUGCCUCCUCGCCCUGGGGCUGCUCGGCUCGGCCGGGCCCAGCGGCGCGGCGCCGCCUCUCUGCGCGGCGCCCUGCAGCUGCGACGGCGACCGUCGGGUGGACUGCUCCGGGAAGGGGCUGACGGCCGUGCCCGAGGGGCUCAGCGCCUUCACCCAAGCGCUGGAUAUCAGUAUGAACAACAUUACUCAGUUACCAGAAGAUGUAUUUAAGAACUUUCCUUUUCUAGAAGAGCUACAAUUGGCUGGCAACGACCUUUCUUUUAUCCACCCAAAGGCCUUGUCUGGGUUGAAAGAACUCAAAGUUCUAACCCUCCAGAAUAAUCAGUUGAAAACAGUACCCAGUGAAGCCAUUCGAGGACUGAGUGCUUUACAGUCUUUGCGCUUAGAUGCCAACCAUAUUACUUCAGUCCCGGAGGACAGUUUCGAAGGGCUUGUUCAGUUACGGCACCUGUGGCUGGAUGACAACAGCUUGACAGAGGUGCCUGUGCGUCCCCUUAGCAACCUGCCGACUCUGCAGGCGCUGACCUUGGCUCUCAACAAAAUCUCCAGCAUCCCCGACUUUGCAUUUACCAACCUUUCCAGCCUCGUCGUUCUGCAUCUUCAUAACAACAAAAUUAAAAGCCUGGGUCAACACUGUUUUGAUGGACUAGAUAACCUGGAGACCUUGGACUUGAACUAUAAUAAUUUGGGGGAAUUUCCUCAGGCUAUUAAAGCCCUUCCUAGCCUAAAAGAGCUGGGAUUUCAUAGUAAUUCUAUUUCUGUUAUCCCUGAUGGAGCAUUUGGUGGUAAUCCACUCUUAAGAACUAUACAUUUAUAUGAUAAUCCUCUGUCUUUUGUGGGGAACUCAGCAUUUCACAAUUUAUCUGAUCUGCAUUCCUUAGUCAUUCGUGGUGCAAGCAUGGUCCAACGGUUUCCCAAUCUUACUGGAACUGUCCAUCUGGAGAGUCUGACCUUGACAGGUACAAAGAUAAGCAGCAUACCUAAUAAUUUGUGUCAAGAACAAAAGAUGCUUAGGACUUUGGACUUGUCUUAUAAUAAUAUAAGGGACCUUCCAAGUUUCAAUGGUUGCCAUGCACUGGAAGAAAUUUCUUUGCAACGUAAUCAGAUCUACCAAAUAAAGGAAGGUACUUUUCAAGGCCUGAUAUCCCUAAGGAUUCUAGAUCUGAGUAGAAACCUGAUCCAUGAAAUUCACAGCAGAGCUUUUGCCAAGCUUGGGCCAAUAACUAACCUAGAUGUAAGUUUCAAUGAAUUAACUUCAUUUCCUACGGAAGGCCUAAAUGGGCUAAAUCAAUUGAAACUUGUGGGCAACUUCAAGCUGAAAGAAGCCUUAGCAGCAAAAGACUUUGUUAAUCUCAGGUCUUUAUCAGUACCAUAUGCUUAUCAGUGCUGUGCAUUUUGGGGUUGUGAAUCAUAUGCAAAUUUAAACACAGAAGAUACCAGCCUCCAAGGCCACAGUGUGGCAAAGGAAAAAGGUACUGCUGAUACAGCAAAUGUCACAAGCAAUGCUGAAAAUGAAGAACAUAGUCAAAUAAUUAUCCACUGUACACCCUCAACAGGUGCUUUUAAGCCUUGUGAAUAUUUACUUGGAAGCUGGAUGAUUCGUCUUACCGUCUGGUUCAUUUUCUUGGUUGCACUGUUUUUCAACCUGCUGGUUAUUUUAACCACAUUUGCAUCUUGUACAUCACUGCCUUCCUCCAAAUUGUUCAUAGGCUUGAUUUCCGUGUCUAACUUAUUCAUGGGAAUCUAUACUGGCAUCUUAACUUUUCUUGAUGCUGUGUCCUGGGGCAGAUUUGCUGAAUUUGGCAUCUGGUGGGAAACUGGCAAUGGCUGCAAAGCCGCUGGGUUUCUUGCAGUUUUCUCCUCAGAAAGUGCCAUAUUUUUAUUAAUGUUAGCAACUGUUGAAAGAAGUUUAUCUGCAAGAGAUAUAAUGAAAAAUGGGAAAAGCAAUCAUCUCCAGCAGUUCCAAGUUGCUGCCCUUUUUGCUUUCCUGGGUGCUGCAGUAGCAGGCUGUUUUCCCCUUUUCCACAGAGGGGAAUAUUCUGCAUCACCCCUGUGCUUGCCAUUUCCUACCGGAGAAGCACCGUCAUUAGGCUUUACUGUAACUUUAGUGCUAUUAAACUCAUUAGCGUUUUUGUUAAUGGCCAUUAUCUAUACUAAAUUGUACUGCAACUUGGAAAAAGAGGACCUCUCCGAAAACUCACAGUCUAACAUGAUUAAGCAUGUUGCCUGGCUAAUCUUCACCAAUUGCAUCUUUUUCUGCCCUGUUGCAUUCUUCUCAUUUGCACCACUGAUCACUGCAAUCUCUAUCAGCCCUGAAAUAAUGAAGUCUGUUACUCUCAUAUUUUUCCCAUUGCCUGCUUGCCUGAAUCCAGUCCUGUAUGUUUUCUUCAACCCAAAGUUUAAAGAAGACUGGAAGUUACUGAAGCGACGUGUUACCAAGAAAAAUGGAUCUGUUUCAGUUUCCGUCAGUAGUCAAGGUGGUUAUGUGGAGCAGGAUUUCUACUACGACUGCGGCGUGUACUCACACUUGCAGGGUAACCUGACUGUGUGUGACUGCUGCGAAUCAUUUCUUUUGACAAAGCCAGUGUCAUGCAAACACUUAAUAAAAUCACACAGCUGUCCUGCACUGGCAGUGGCUUCUUGCCAAAGACCGGAAGGCUACUGGUCUGACUGUGGCACACAGUCGGCCCACUCUGAUUAUGCAGAUGAAGAAGACUCCUUUGUCUCAGACAGUUCUGACCAGGUGCAGGCCUGUGGACGUGCCUGCUUCUACCAGAGUCGAGGAUUCCCUUUGGUGCGCUAUGCUUACAAUCUACCAAGAGUUAAAGACUGAACUACUGUGCUUGUAACCAUUUCCCCCAUCAACCAAAAUCACAAUGUUUAUAGAGUGAACCCUAUUCUGAUCCUUUAUCUGGGAAGCACUUCUGUGUAAUCACUGCCUGGUGUCACUUAGAAUAAGGGGAAGGUGGCAGUUUAUUUCUCAAAUCAGACAUUUUCAAAGAACAGGUGCCUAAAUUAUAAAUUGGUGAAAAACUCAAUAUCCAAGCAAUGUGUGGUCUGUUUGGAACACAUUUAUAAGUUGAAGGGAUUGAAGGUGUAUUAUAGCAAUAUUUGAUGUUAGAUGUUUCUGAUCCAUAGAAACAAAUUUAUACCUUUUUUUUUCAAUUAAGCACAAGAUAAAGAACAGCUGUUAAUAUUUUUUAAAAAACUGUUUUAAAAUGUGACUUUCUGUAACUGAAGAAAAGUUCUUGCUAAUUUUCUCUAACAUUUCAUCAUCAAUCUCAGGACAAUUUACUGCAAGGCCAAAAAAGGGACUGUCUCCCAGCUAGAACUGUGAGAGUAUGCACACACAUUACCUUAUUGGGUUUUCUAUUUCCAUCUUGGACAUAACAACAUCUUAAAUUUUGUGAUUUAAAAAUGUAAAAACUGAAGAUGUUUUUAAAACAAUAUUAACAGCUGUUAUCGAUUUUUAAAAAAUAGCUGAACAUUUGUUUUCAGUUAUUUUACAUUGCUUUGGUGCAAUCAGUUUUCCCCUCUGUUACUUUUUUCAAUCACACCAUUAGGAAAAACUAAAAGGUUAAUUGCUGUGUGGGUUUAGUAGAUUUGGCCAAAAUGCUAAUAUGGGGCUUUUAAUAGUAUCUGAAGGGUUUGAUGGCUCCAUAUAAUGUUCCCAUUAAUAAACACUUCCUAAUAUCAUUGGCUCUACUGAUAUUUUCCAAUUUUGUUAGUAUGUAUCUAUUUAUAGUUUGGAUUAUAUAGAAAGUAAACUAUGAAAAAUAAUUCCAUUUAAUUGGAAGAAACUGGGAGUAAUUAUGACUCAAAGCACAUACAUUUAUUUCUUAGUGAGCUAGAUCCUCCUGACUCUGUGUGAUUAACAUGGAAGCUUCUGUACAUUUUCCCUGUACUAUGAUUUUAAAAAGAGACUAUUCAAUAGGCUCAGCUCAAAUGCUGAGAUCUGAAUACACAAAAUAAAUAUGUUAUUAAGAGAAAAAACAAGGAAUAAAGCUUAGUUCUAUGCCUUUAAAAAUUUUACUUCUCAGCUGUGUGCUUUUGACAUAUUACUAUGUGGAAUCUUAAGUUACACUUGUUCAAUAUGUUUUUUGAACAAUGUGCUCAAUCAAUAGCAAACCCACUGCCAUAUUAGUUAUUCUGGAUAUACUAAAAAAACAUUAAGUUAGAUUGCAGUUUAAUAAUUAAACUGUACAUACUGUGCAUAUAAUGAAUUUUUAUCUUAUGUAAAUUAUUUUAGAACACAAGUUGGGAAAUGUGGCUUCUGUUCAUUUCGUUUAAUUAAAGCUACCUCCUAAACUAUAGUGACUGCCAGUAGCAGAAUGUUAAAUUGUGGUUUAUAUACUUUUUUGCAUUGUAUAUAGUCUUGGUUGUACAUUGUCAGUGUAAUAAAAACAAAUCUUUGUAUAUCAAAAUCACGUAGUUUGUAUAAAAUGUGGGAAGGAUUUAUUUACAGUGUGUUGUAAUUUUAUAAGGCCAACUAUUUACAAGUUUUAAAAAUUGCUAUUUGUAUAUUUACAUAUCUGAUAAAUAUGAAAUCAUAACUUGGUAAGAAACUCCUAAUUAAAAAGUUUUCCAAAAUUCAAGUUAUUGAAAAUUUUUCCUUUUAUUCAUUUAAAAAAUAGAAUAGCGAUAGAUGUGUUAAACUGUGCUAUAUAUUGUAUGAAAUACAAUAUUGUACUUAGUGUUUUGAACUAUUAAAGUUUCUAGAAAACAA